AUGGCCAACAAAGGCGAGCAACCACCGCCGUACGGCGCUCCGCCACAAGCUCCGAAGCCCGCCUACGAUGGCGGCAACAACUUUCGGCAGGACCAGCAGCAAGGCUACUACCCCCCUGGGCCUCAGCAGGGCUACUACCAGCAGCAGCCGCCGCAGCAGCAGCAAGGCUACUACCAACCCGGACCGCCGAUGGGUUACUACAACCAACAGCCGUCGCAGGGUCCCUAUCCGGCCGGCCAGGGCCCCUAUCCCCCGCCAGGUCAGUACGGGCAGGGAGCGUAUCCCCCGGGGCCCGGCUACGUCCCUCAGCAGCGACAGCACCGGAAGCCGGGGAUGCUGGAGGGGUUGCUGGCCGGUCUAGCCUGCUGCUGCUGCUUGGACAUUCUCUUCUGA